GUCAGAGCCAUGGUGACGCAGAGUCUGAAGACUUUCCCCCAGCUUGCAGAGCCAAACCCCACCCUCGCCUUAAACGGGACGCUGUCCGCGACCUCGCCGCUCAUCCAGCCUCGGGAGGCGACCGGGACGCCGCUUCAUCACCCGCGAGCAAAAGCCAACAUGCCUAACUGGGGAGGGGGAAACAAAUGUGGGGCCUGCCAGGGGACAGUGUACCAUGCUGAGGAGGUCCAGUGUGAUGGAAGGAGCUUCCACAAGUGCUGUUUCCUCUGCAUGGUCUGCAGGAAGGGCCUAGACAGCACCACACUGGCCAUUCAUGACCAAGAAAUCUACUGCAAGUCCUGCUACGGGAAGAAGUAUGGGCCCAAGGGUUAUGGCUAUGGUCAGGGUGCUGGGACGCUCAACAUGGACCGUGGAGAAAGGCUUGGGAUCAAACCAGAGCAGGUUCAAGGUCAUCGGCCCACAACAAAUCCCAAUCCCUCGAAGUUCGCUCAAAAGUUCGGCGGCUCGGAAAAGUGUGCCCGCUGUGGGGAAUCUGUGUAUGCAGCGGAGAAGAUCGUGGGAGCAGGCAAGCCCUGGCAUAGGAACUGCUUCCGGUGUGCCAAGUGUGGAAAGAGCCUGGAAUCCACCACCCAAACGGAAAAGGAUGGGGAGAUCUUCUGUAAAGCAUGCUACGCCAAGAACUUUGGACCGAAAGGAUUCGGCUAUGGUCAGGGGGCUGGGGCCCUCGUCCAUGCACAGUGAAGCUGCCCCUGAGCGCUGCGUAACAUAGACGACCCUCAAAGUCUCAGCUAUGUAUAUUUUAUUACUGUCCAAAGCAGCGUUUGCCAGUGGCUUAGUACUUUCUGAUGACAUGCUUUGAGGAUUGCUGUGUAAAAACUAGGCUGCCUAUUUUCAUAUUGCAAAUACAAUAAAGCACAUGUAUACAAUUUUA